CAGCCCAAACAAGACUGAUAAAAUAUGCAUACAAAAAGAAACCAAUUAACUCACGUCUUGGAGCCAAGAAAAAAAAAUGAAACCUCGCUUCCCACCACCACCCCACCCCCUUUAUUUUUCUAAUGGUCCCUUUCCAAAGCCCAUCCGAGUAAAACGGCUGAUUCUAUUUUUCAUCCAGCUAUUCUCGAUGAGUAAAUAUGGGUUAAGUAAACAGACCCAUUUUCGGAGUUAUAGGGGUUAUUUUCGAGUUAUACGUGGUUAUUUUCGAGUUACACGGUUUAGAUUUUAUGGGCUUAAGCCCAUAAAUUCUAAAACCGUAUAACUUGAGAAUAAUUUAGAAAUAAUUUGAGACGAUUGUUUUUGUUGUCAUAAAACUAAUACCACAUGGCUAUUUUUAUUUUCCCGGUUUCUUACGAAACGCGGCCUCAAUUUGACCUGUAAUUUAUUUCCCUCGACGGGAACAUUAUCAUUUAUUAAACGAUUAUUUCUCGAGCCAAUUAUCUGAAGGAGACGGCGUAACAACAAAGUCGCGCUUGAUUGCCUGUCUUUGAGGGAAUUUCUAAUUGUUUUUGAUGCAUCAAAAAGACUGCAUCUAAAGAUGAAGUAGCAAUAUGGCCAGUUUGCAAAAGGAAUCUCUGCUGAACAACCUAAAUGAUCUUGUGCUUCGGCUGAAAAGCUCAGAGAAGCAGCCAAUACAGGAUGAUCAUGUUUUUCUUGCGCCCAUCUGCGAGGGAAUUGAAAAUGUCUUACGAGUAGGACUAAAACGCUCGGUGCUCGGGUUUGGUCUUGUGAAAUGGGACUAUUGGUGCUGGAUAGAGUCCCUUCCACGCUAUAUACAAAACGACAGGAGAACACUCGCCUUGCUGCACGGGAUUACGUUUACCAAGUCAUCCAAAAAGAUCGUCGGUUACCAAGGUUACGGGAGGCUCUUCAUCCGGUUCGCCUUAUCGAAAAGACUCCUGGGACACGUCGUCGAGGGCUUACAGAAAAACAAGAAGCUCCUUAAGUACUGGUAUAAUGAGACGGCGAUCCUGUGCGACAAAGUGUUUUCAGACAUGUUCAGGCACAUUCUUAGUGAUCUGGAAGAACACAACUUUAAUCUAAAUCUCAAGAAUGCAUACUUUCUGGAUGAGUCUUGGGUUAUUCCUGAGUUGAAAGAGACACAGAUUGUCCCUUGCAAAGAGUUAGGUCUGGUUGUCAGACACGUGGAUAACCGAGUAAUCGUAGCGCAUGUCAAGAGCACUGGAGCCGCUGGAGAUGCCGGGAUCGAGUAUGGCGACAUCAUGGUGGAACUUCUCGGCAAGUCCCUGCAUAAAUUGAACAACGGAAAAGUCCUUGAUCUGCUACGAAAUAAUAUCGGCCGGCCUGUUCUUUGUAUCUUAGUAAAGGCUAACAUGAAGAGAGGGGAUAUCUUCCCGCCAUCCGCCGCGCGCCUGGCAGUCAUCCAAGCGGAUCCAUACAAAGAAAAGAACCCGGAUGAUGACGUGGCACCGCAGCAGCUCGCGGGCUGGGACGAGACCCCCGUACAUGCCUCCGAUACACUAGCGGCAUACCCAGCGGUGUUCUACGGAAAGCUGGAUGUUGGCACGGACGGCAGUGUUGCUGUUAUAGAGGACAGUAUCAUAGAAGUAUUAAACAAGGCUAUGCCCCCGAGAGAUGUGGAACUUCUCCUCAGCGAGAUAAACAUCACAGUUGUUGAUAAAAUUACAUCAAAGGUCCUGUCUGUUCACUCCUUCACGGAAACGUCAUCUUGCGGAAGACGCAACGACAGAAAGGACCUCAUCGCCUUCGUAUCGGGGGAGACCACAUGUUCUCUAGCACAAAGGUUCUACUGCUACGUCUUCCAGAUUAAAGAUCCGGAAGUGGCAAAGGUAAUUCUCUACAGCAUUGCGGACGGGUUUUGCCGUACUGUCUGGUUCGUCUAGAGGAUUGAAGAGUGCAGAGGAAUGUAGAGUGCGGCUCCCUUAAUAAACCGUUAGUGGUUUCAAACCGUCCUUUUAAGUCAUUAAAAUGACUUUUAAUGUCACGGAAACAUGCACUUGAUUUUGAAAUUGAAUUGCAAUAUGUAAAUUAUUAGCAUGUAAAUUCAAGUUAUUUAAGGCCCACCACUUUAACAGGGCUGAGAUAUUUACAAUUUUAUAAAACGUUUUUUCUAAGGUACGUUUUUUCGAUUUUUUGCCACCAAGUGGUCUUACUAUGUAGUAAUAACUCGUGUAUCUCGUGCCGGUGAGGGGUGGGGAUAGGCGUAAUUAUCACUGUAACCUUGCUUAUCUUCAAGCUUUUUGGCAAUUGAUUCAUUUUGUAAACACAUGUUUACAAAGAUUUGUUAAUAAACACAAUUUCCAUAAAA